AUUAAAUCAGACAAUUUGAUUGUUCCAUUAAUACGAACGUACAACAUUUCCAACGAGUAAAACACAAUCCAAGUGAUUCAAAAAUUCCAAGAACAAACAAACACUUGGUUUUCUCCUUAAUUGUCAAAAUCCAAUGAUCUUCAAUCAAUCAAUCUAAUUGUUGUUAAUUUUUUUUUCGAGAAUUGGCAACAAUUAACAUUAGUGCCAUCUCUUGAUGGUAAACAAGACGAGAGAAAAGAGAGAGAGAGAAAGAAAGAGAAGACAAAAUUGUGGGAAAAGAAAGCGAAUCAAAAUGUAAACAUUUGAUCUUCAACUUAACUAGUCAAUUGAAUUAACUGAUUCUCUGUAAUUCUGUUAAUUGUUGUUACAUAUUUUCCAUGUAAUUUAAUCAACCAUCUAGUGAAUUUAAGUUAAACAUUCUGGUUAAAGUUAAAAAGAAUAUUAAUUAUUUUCUCUCAACAGUGUUAACAGCUCUUUCUUUCUGGUUCUCUCUCCUUUUCUGUUCUCAAUCAUCAUCUCUCUCUCUCCUUUUCUCCCUCUUUCUCUUUCUUUCCUUUCCAUCGUUAACUUCACUAACUAACUACAUCAAACCAGUUUAAUUAUUACAGUAGAAAACCAUAGAUAGUCUUUGCUUUUGUACUUGUGAUCAUCUUCUCGUCUUAUUGAUUUAAAAUUCAUUAAGAUUGUUUAUCUUUUCUCAUAAAUUAAAAAGGAAAAUUUUAUUGGUUCUUUCUUAAGAAUGUCGCUUGCGUCCGAUCAACCAGAAUCUGAAAAUAUCGAGGAAGAGUAUAUCAUCGAGAAGAUCUUGGAUAAACGAUCUCGAAAUGGUGUCUUCGAAUAUUUUCUCAAAUGGAAAGGUUAUAGUGAAAGUGAUAACACUUGGGAACCCGAGGAGAAUUUGGAUUGUAAAGAUUUGAUUGCUCAAUUUGAAGAAGAACGACGUUUGGCUUUGGCUAACAAAAGGGAACAAAAUGAUGGUGAUAGUGUUAGUAAAAAGAAGAAACGUAGAAAUUCACUCAGGCCACAAUUACCAUUAAACGGAUUCGAACGAGGCUUGGAACCUAAAAGAAUCAUGGGUGCUACUAAUGCUUCAGGAGAGAUUGAAUUCUUAAUGAAAUGGAGAGAUUCAGAUGAUUAUGAAUUGGUUCCUGCUCGAAUUGCGAACGUUAAAUGUCCUCAGAUUGUCAUAAAAUUUUACCAAGACCAUUCAGUUUGGAGUAACAGUGAUGGUGCCGAUACAGUCACUCCAUCAAAUUCUCGAUGAUCAAGAUCGAAUUUGUCACUUUUUCUUCUUUUUUUUCUUUUUCAUCUUUAUAUUCUAAAAAGUCAUAUCGAGAUAAGUUCUAUUCUAUCGUUUAGUUAAACAAAAAUAAUCACACUUUAGUCUGCGUUCAAUCAGACGGACAAAUUUUUCAAUUUAUAUGACAAAUCUUUAUAAAAAUCAUUAAAACUGUUUAUCUUUUCAUAAGUUGAGCGGUUGUUGAUUGCCUUUUUAAACUCGAAUUCAUUUGAAAAUCCCGGUUUUACUAUUCUAUUUAUUUAUCUCCUUAAAGAUGAGAAACAACAUGAUAAUUUUUUGGUGAAGAGGAAAAAACAAAAUUCGUCCACCAAGUUGCCUUCAAAUUUUCCAGAUUCUAAUUGUUUAAAAUGUCCGAAAAUCAGAAAACUGGUAUUGGUCAAGUUCCAACCACCAAUUUGUUUCGGAUAACCAAUUUUGAGCUUUUCGCUAAACCA